CGGUGACGUCAGCGCGUCCUGUCUCGUCCGGCUGCAGUUGCGAGAAUGGGUAAAGCCGAGUUCCUGACGCCCAAGGCCAUCGCCAACCGCAUCAAAUCCAAAGGGCUGCAGAAGCUGCGAUGGUACUGCCAGAUGUGUCAGAAGCAAUGUCGGGACGAGAAUGGUUUCAAAUGUCAUUGCAUGUCGGAAUCACACCAACGACAGCUUCUGCUGGCAUCGGAGAACCCACAGCAGUUCAUGGACUACUUUUCAGAGGAAUUUCGCAAUGAAUUUCUUGAACUACUUCGAAGACGUUUUGGAACCAAACGUGUUCACAACAAUGUUAUCUACAAUGAAUACAUCAGUCACCGGGAGCACGUUCAUAUGAAUGCAACAAUGUGGGAGACACUGACUGACUUCACCAAAUGGUUAGGCAGAGAAGGUUACUGCAAAGUAGAUGAAACACCCAAAGGCUGGUACAUUCAAUACAUUGAUCGAGAUCCCGAAACUAUUUGUAGACAACAGGAACUGGAGAAAAAGAAGAAGCAAGAGCUGGAUGAUGAGGAAAGAAAUGCCAAGUUUAUUGAAGAACUAGUUAGGAGAGGAAAAGAAGGGAAAGAGGAGGUUGUUCCCGUUUUCACGGAGUUGAAAAGAGAAAAUGAGGAAGAAAAAGUUGCCUUUAACUUAAACAAAGGACAAAGUGCAUCAACAACAACUGCUCCUAAAUCUAGCACCCUGGGACCAAGUCCAUUGCAAACGAUAGCUUCGGUAAAACGAAAGGAAUUGGGUCACACUUCUUCCGAUACGAAGGACAAGAAGAAGAAAUCUGCACUGGAUGAGAUUAUGGAGUUCGAAGAGCAGAAAAAGAGAAGCCUUAGAAGAGACUACUGGCUUCACACUGGAAUAGUUGUUAAAUUAAUAACCAAGAAACUUGGUGAAAAAUAUUACAAGAAGAAAGCUGUGAUAAAGGAAGUUCAAGAAAAGUACACUGCUAUUAUUAAAAUGAUUGAUUCUGGAGACAAACUGAAAGUUGACCAGACUCAUUUGGAGACAGUUAUCCCGGCCCCUGGUAAGAAGCUGUUGGUAGUGAAUGGUGGUUACCGAGGAAAUGAGGCCAUUCUGGAUUCUAUAAAUGAGAAAAACUUCAGUGCUACAAUAAUCAUAGAUUCUGGACCUCUGCAAGGGCGGAAGAUUGAAGGUGUACAGUAUGAAGAUAUUUCAAAAUUGGCAUAAGAAGCCGUCUUAAGAGUUUCGUCUUAAUACUUAAUACUUCAAAGCAUCAUGUUGGUGUCCACUGAUUUUUUUUUUAAACACAAACUCUACUGUGUCAGAGUUUUAAAACGUUUUCAUCUCUAGCUUCAAUAUACAUCUUGAUUUUUCUGCUUCCCCUGCCUCCCAUGAGAAUGCAGUUCAUAUUCUUUUAUUUUCAUACAUGCGAUGGAUGGGUGAAUGCAUUAUGUUUCUUGUUUAAUAUAAUCACCAGAAGAAAACUAUUUAAAUGCUUUGUGUUAUUGUUCAAGGAUUUGAGCGUUAGUCAAAAGUCAAUAAUUUGUAUAUUUGAAUAGAAAACAAUUAAAACUAUUUUUGUUUUGUAAACAUUUAUGGUUAUUUUGCAGUUAUAAAAUCAAAUCUGGAACUUCAUCUCAUGUAUCUAAUAUUCCUUUUAAUUGCAUGUUCUGGUAUCCGAUCUGAUUAUUUUACCAUAACUUAAAACGUAUACCCAUUGUACUGUUAACUGCACUUGGUAUUUGAUAAUCUUCAUUUAGCUUGUGUGUCCAAGCAUAUGUAAUUAGUCCCCACAAUGACAUCAAGCUGUCAAAUGGAGACUAGAAUACGCUGAGUGUAAUUGAGGAAUAUUGAGAGAGAAUUUCCAGAUAUGUAUUAAUUUAUAAGUUCAUAUAUGCAUAUGUUGAUCAUAUUUCGACUCAUGGACCAUAUAUAGGUGUGCAGUUUAUCGCUGUCCAUCUAUUUUUCUGUUUCUUAGGGAUGUUAAAAGUAAAGUGAUGUUGUAGGACAGAGUUCCUUAAAACAUGAAUUUUGACUUGGUUAUUUUCCAACCACUCAAGUAGCUAUAACAAUUGUCCUAUAUAGAACAAUUGUUCUAUAUCCACACACCUUGCCAGGAUUGCUGGGGCUAUUGUACUACCAUAGUCUAGUGAUUCCAGCAGAUUUACUGUAAUUUCUCCAAAAGGCACAAUGGAUUACUUAACCAAUUCUGCUUAUAAAUUGGACAUAAGACCCAGUGGUGGUCUCCUGAAAAAGAAUGAGAGUAUAUGCCCCAUUGUAAUGAAAAAUUAACAAGAUGAUAAUGUAUCACAUGCUUGCAUUAAACUUGUGCCUUUAUUUGGUA